AAUGGCCAUUACUUAUAAACAAAAAUUUCAAAUAUUUAGAUCGUUUAUGUGUAAAUAUAUAUCUGAAACGAGUAAAUUAUAAUAUAUUAUAAAAACUUUUAAAUUUCAAACUUUAAAAUGUUAUCAGAUGCACCCUUUGAUUAUUUUGAUAAUCUUUUCGAGGACUACUUAAGUGAAAAACCAGAUAUGAAAUCUUUUUCAAUUGGACAAAGUGUAUUUCCUCUAACUCAUGUACACUCAGAAGAUGAUUUUUCAGAUUCUGGUCAUGGAAGUCCUGGAUCAUGUGUAUCUACGCGUUUAUCUAAUUCUCCUGAUCCAAUCAGUAAUUGGGAAUCAAAUAUUGAAAGAUCAAUAUGGGGUUCAAUACUUGAUGAUCUACCUGAUGAAAUCUUGAGCACUGAAAUAGACAAUCAUUUAAAUAAUUUUCAAAAUGCUUCAAGACAUGAAAAUGAUAUUGUAUUGGAAAAUGUGAUAAAUAGUUUAGAUGAUGAAAGUUGUUUAUUGACUAUGUGCACAAAAGAGAUACUAAAUAAUAUUGAAACAGAUGAGAACUAUGACACCAAAUCUCAGGAAAAGAUUUCACCAACUUCAAAUGAUUUUAAUUUAUCAAUUUCAAAUGAGUCUGAUGAAGUUGAAAAGUCUGUUCAGUUGCUUCCUUUUCUUCAAAAUUUUCUUCAAAACUCUAGCAUAAAAGUUGGGGAAAAUGUGUUUUUUAUUCAAAAAAAUCAAGUUGCAACUUCAACGCCAUCUGCAUCACACUACAGUGAUAUUGCAGUACAGCAAGUUAACAUUUCAACACCAACAGUUUUUUCUCAAAAAUUCUCUCUGCAGAACCUUGCUGGUUUGUCAAAAACCAGUACUUUGAACGAUAAACAAAAUGAAAUCUUGACUUCAGUAAGUAAAAUCAAAAACGCGAAACAACCUAACAAUAUUGAGGAUCAUAAUUAUUUUAAUGGUGUAGCUAGAGAUGCAAUUGGAACAAAUUCAGAAAAGCAGGAAUCAAUGUUAAAAUUAACUGACGAGGAAAAACGCUUACUUGAACUUGAAAAUGUUGUAUUACCAGAAAACUUUGGGCUUACAAAAGACGAAGAGAAAAUUUUGAAAAAAGUGAGAAGAAAAAUAAAAAACAAGCAAUCUGCUAUGGAGAGUCGCCGAAGGAGAAAGGAAUAUAUUGACAGUCUUGAACAAAGAGUAAAGAACUGUACAGACAUCAAUCUAACUUUAAAAAAAAAAGUUGAUUCUCUAACUGAUGAAAACAAGUCCCUAUUAAAGCAGUUAAAGGAACUUCAGAAAUUUUUUUCAACUUCAGUGCAACAAAGUCACAACACAAAAAAAGGAACUUGCUUUGCAGUUCUUGCUUUGACGUUUGGAUUGUUAUUUCUUCCAUUUAAUUCAAUGUCUGGAAAUAUUUUAAAAAGUUCAACAGAAGUCCCAAACCAAGCAAAUGUUUUCCGUUCUCGAACAUUACUUCACUUGAAAAAACAGAACAAUUAUGAGGCAUUUGAAAAUGAUGCUGUCUUACCUCAUUCAGAUAUAUACAACAGAACAUAUUUAACAAGCGAUUUUAAAGUAUUCUCCGAAGAGAUGCGUAAUAAAAUAGAACAACUUUUAACCGAAGACAGCGGGAGCAACCUGCUUAAGACGACUCUUGAUGUUUACAUGAACUCAAUUAAACUUUCCCGUAAUUGGGAGCUUAAAAAAUUAGAUCCCAUCAAUGUCUUAGAGUUUCACCAAGAUGACGUGUCAUCAUACUAGUUCAAACAUGAUGAAGAUGUCAGAUGUUGUGUCAUCAUUCUAGUUCAAACGUGUUUUGUUUUGUAAUAAAAUACUUUUUUUAAAGAUUUUAGUUGAUACAUUUAGUCGAUUUGUAAUAAAAGCGCAAAUACUUACAUGCAUUUACCUGUCA